CGCCGCACAUGUCAAUCAUCGGCUGAGGUUGCGCCUGUUAUCCAGCAGAUUAUGAAGCAGCAGUGAGUGUUCAGCAUCAUCUCUGGCACUCAUCUGGAUGUAUACAUGGCAUCAACGUGGCGUCCAAUGUCUCUUGCGUUAUUUUCCUUUGUUUUCCUGCAGAUAUCCUCGUCUUAUGAGCAGCUGUCUGCCUUUGUGGAAGGAAGCUCAGAUGAUGCACCAUCCCAAGACAUCGGCGUUCAAGAGAACGCCGAUGGCUCGGUGUUUGUGUCUGAAGCGCGUCUCAGACGGACGCUGCAGCCGUACGGAUGGCAGCUUCACGCUCCUCCUCGCAGAAAGUUGCUUCAGUCUCCAGGAUUGCUGCCGUAUUCUCCUCUGAGUGUGACUUACAACGGCAAGACCUGUAUCCUCUUCAGGGCCCGCAAACUGGCCAUCCGGUACAGGAAUCACAGUUUAGUGGACCUCACCGAGAGAACCUUCAGCCCAGACGCGCCGGUGGACACCAAAGGCUCCUUCUGCAGUAAAGACAAAGCCAUACUCAAUCUACGGUUUGGCGACGUGGAAGAUCUCAGAGGCCUCUCCAUCAGACUACAGAUGUCAAACACGUUCUACGAGUCUGCGGGACAGAACUGGUUCACUCUGGAUAACGUUCACAUCCACUACAACUGGACGAACGAGGCCACGUUCAACGCCACAGAUGUGUACGCGCCGUCCACUAACUCCUACCACUGCCAGCACGUCAGCAGCCUCCAGAAGUACGACACGCUGCUGGUUCCCAGUGCCAACACCGACCACGCCGCAAACUGGCACAUCACCUUCACAGACUUCCAGAUCCAGGCGUUUAAUGUUCUGUCCAGUAAGUUUGCGUCGGCCAGCGACUGCGAGACGUUCUUCACCCCCGCGAUCCUGAUGGGUCUGAUCACGUCUCUGAUCCUCCUGCUGGUGCUGGCGUACGCACUGCACAUGGUGGUUCACCUCAAGCACAUCGACCGCUACGAAGAGCACAAGACCACCGUCUACUUCCCUCGCAGCACAGAAGCGGAGAGCACAGAGAAGAGCAACCUCUAGGGUCCCGGAGAGAGAGAGAGACACACACUUCUGUGACUCUGAGCCAGAGAGAGAGAGAGAGAGGAAAUCAGCGGACGGGACUCUAGCUGGAAGAAGAUCCCAUCCGAACGGGAGACAGGGAUCUUCGGGACUGACUGCACCACGGCAGUGACAUCAUUGUGGUGGGACAGUGGAAGUCCGAAUCAGUUCCUUCAGGAGCUUCACAGGCUCAGCACACAGAGGAUUGGGAGAAAUCAACCAGUUCUCACCAAAAACCUAGCAAUUAAACAUCCAGCGUCAGGUUUCAUGAGCGCUCAUUUCUGAGAGAGAUCUUCAGAUGUUUGAAUGCAAUUCGAAAUAGCACAAUAAUCAAUAUAUCUUACAUUUGCAUCGUCUGUCUUAGCUUCUGU